CGGACCAUGAAGACGUUGGUGGCUCUGCUGCUGCUGUUAGUGUGUGAUCCUGCACACACACACAGCGACUGCCAGACAGACUGCCUGUCCUGCAGCCACAUCCUGCCCAAACAGCUGCCCUUCAACACGCUGGUGUGUCUCACUGAGUGCGAAGCCAACGUCUCCCCGGCUUUCUCCUGGGACUUCUGUCGUAAAGUGCUUUCAUCGCCUAUUUCUUCCCUCACCGGUAUCAUACGGAAAAGAUCUCAGGAGGAGGCGGAGGCCCUGUUUCCAGAGGAGGAUGAACAGGAGGAGCAGGUGGCUGGAGAUCUGCUGCUGCCCUUUGCCUUGCAGAGUUACGAUCAUGUGACAAGAGCGCUCGAGAUGGACGAGAGGGAUCUGGGGGGAAAUGACGGUCCUCUGAACACAGCCUUCAAUUCCCAGAAUGAGGAUGAGUAUGAAGAGGAAGCGGGACAAGAAGAAGGAGCUGCUGCCUCAAGAGGACAAGGCGACGUAGGGCUGAGUGUCUCCAAGAGGUUCGGAGGAUUCGUCAAAGGGAGACACGGCUACCGGAAGCUGAUGUCUCCGGGAAGAUCGUACCAGAAGAGGUAUGGCGGCUUCAUCGGCAUUCGCAAGUCAGCGCGCAAGUGGAACAACCAAAAACGUUUCAGCGAGUUCCUGAAGCAGUAUCUGGAGAUGAGCUCUAAGGCCACCGAGUACAACAGCAUGUCAGAUGACCUCACCCAACAUAACGAAGUUUAGCUCCUUCACGCCCCUGACAUUUAACUAUUUCCUGAUGUCUUUGCAACGUAUCUUCAUACAAUGGUUUGUAUGUUUAUACAAGAAAAGUUAUUCCUUCUUUUUUUGUCCGUUCUCCUACGAAUGUCCAGCAACACGUGUCAAUUUCCGCUCAUUACAGGUAUUUCAGAGGAAACAUGGUUUGCUUUAGACCUCAUAAGUUCUGGUUUUAGUUUAAGAAAAGGUGACAUUUGGGAUAAAGCAACUACCGAAUAGGCAAAGUUACGGGACAAAUAAGUCAUUGUUUGGGUUGAAACUAAUUACGGCGUGGUUGAAACUAAAGUACGGAAGUAACAAUCAAUGUUUGGGUCACAAUAGGCAGAACCAUAGGUGGAAUACAUCCAAAUUGAUUUCAUGAAUAUUAACAUAACAUAUAACUUUUUACUUGACACGUUUACACCACUGACAUUAAACUAUUUCCUUGUGUCUCGGUGUCAAUGAACGUUCAGUUAAGUCUUUUUAAACUAAGGAAACAACUUGGUUUGGUUCAGGCUACAACAUUUCUUGGCUAGGUUUAGGAAAAUCGUCAGGUUUACCAAAUUUGCAAAGUUACGUGACAAAAGAGUCAACAAUAAUUGCAGAAGUGUCACUACUAAAGUACAUAAGUUACUCUUGUGUCAAAUCGGACACAAACAUUUUUCUUCUUGGUGAAAAUCUUGUCUCCAUACAUCCGUGCCGGCCUCCUCCCUACGCAGAACUCUUGGUUUUAAUACUUUCUGGCUCGUAAUUAAGGUAUACAUUCAAAUAGAUUUCAUGGGAUAUACACAAACUACAUUACUUUUGGAGGUAAAGCUACAAGUAGGCUAUGAGAACAGCAUGUUACCUCCCUCAUUCUUGUUGCGUUAUUUAUUUAUUUUGGUGUCACCAAAGUACUAAUCAGUAAUUUACCAAAAAAUAAGCCUAAGAUUCUCAUUGUAUGCCUCUGAAGACGAUAUGAUUGCCAUAUUUUUUCCAUACCUCAUAAUUAUGAUGCAAUCGAUUAGCCUUGACUUAUCAAACUUUCUCAAGAAAAUUAACUCUCUAGGAGAAAUGUAGAAAUGUCUCCUGUAUUUCGUCCACCUCUUGUUUGAUGUGGUCGCUCAAAUAAAGAAGGCAUGUGUCAGUGGAGUGGGAUGUUCUACCUCUACCAGGUAAAUAACCAUGUUUGAUUCGAAUAACUACCCAAGUCCUUAUACGAUCAGCUUUAAAGCACUUUUUUACUGCAUUUAUUUCUUUUCAGACCCUAAAAGCCAAAGGUUUAAAUAUUGCAAUUUUUUUUUAAACGCAAUUUAGCAAGAUAUGUUUUCUCUCAAUUAAGUUAGUCAUUUAUACUUUUUUACUUGUCCCUUGCAGUGUUUUAAUGUUUCCUACAAGAAGUACUUUACAAAGCAUGAUUUGGUUAUAAAAUAAUUGUACAUUUUCUUUUUAAUUUUCGAUAAUUGGAAAAAAUCUAAGACCAUCUCCCGACAGCUUCAUGUCUUUCAAUCAUUUUUGACAAAAUAUUAUCCGCCUCAAAGAGUGCAAUCUUUCUCUAAAGUUUGGGCAAGAGUUGAAAAUGAAUAAGACCAAUGAGUUAAAAUCAGCAAUUUGAAACAUCUUUCUAAAAUUGUUAAUAUAAGCUUAUUAACAAUGAAAAAACCGACAUCCUUAUGAUGCGCAGACACAAUUAUAUUAAUACAUUUGACCAUUCAACUCCCACAAAAUGAAUUCCCCACUAUUACAGUAUUUUAAUUAAGAGCUUUAAUAUCAAAGUGAAUUGGCGUAUCUCAGGACGUUUAUUUCCCAAAUUCAUUACUGGCCUGGGUCAUCUGUACAAAUGACCAACUCUUCUUACAUCUUUACUACGCUACCAUCUUGUGGCAAAAUGCAGUCUUUUUCAAAGGACAAUACCAGUGUUUUUUUUUUUCAUGUUGUUGCAUUUUGGUUAGGGUAAUGUCGGCAGUAAUGUAAAGUAUAGUGUAUGUGAUGUGUGGUCAAUAAGUGAAAAAAAGAACACAACUAGAAGUCACUGAUUUAUCACUGUGCCAAAACACUGAAACAAGGCUACUGAGGCAGGUUUAAUACAACACAUGUCUUCUUUAAAAUGGAAGUUUAUACUCAGCACUUUUUCUGCAUUUUCUGAUCUGUGUGCUAAACUGAUGUUACAAGUGAGCAUCGUCGUUGUGUCCGGAUGCCGAUGUGUACAAACUUUAUAUUAUUUGUCUUCAAAUUAUAAUGGUGUGAAAUGUUGCCCACUAUGAUAACUUGUAAAUAGCAUUUAACAAUGUCAAUAAAAUAGUUUACUAUUUC